CAAAAUGUGGUGAUAGCUUUAAAAUUACCGCAUGCUGAGGCUUCACUCGUAGAUGAAAUGAAACAUGUUGUUGGAGACAAUUUUUCAGAUUUUAUUAACAAGGAAUUAGUUGCCGUCAGUCAUGACGCUGUCCGUAUCAUCCAGGAAGCAGUGAACACGGAGUCUUGUUCGUCGAUAAAUGGGUCUGACAUUCGUCUGGAAGAUAGGAACACAAUGUUAACAUGCAUGAGAAAGGUUGUUCUUUGUGGUAUGACUGGACUUCUUCAAUUUACUGAGCGUGGGGAGCGGGAAAGAAUUGAACUGGAAAUCUUAAAUCUUCAAAACAAUUACUUUAAGAGGGUUGGUACGUGGAAUUCAACCAAAGGCGCUGUUAUGACUGGGAACAUCAAACGCAACAUGGAUAGCCCUUCAUCAAAAAAAACUUUGGAGGAAAGAAAGCUUCGAGUCGUUGUCUUAUUGGAAAGUCCCUACGUUGAGGAAAGGAGAAAGGAAGAUGGCGGAUUAUUUUAUGAAGGAUACUGCAUUGAUUUUCUUAAUGAGCUUGCAAGAAAUCUCAAAUUUACCUAUGAGAUCUACACCGCGCCUGACGGGAAAUAUGGCGCUGAAAUGGAGGAUGGAACUUGGAAUGGGGUUAUUGGUGAGAUUGUAAACGAGCGAGCAGAUAUGGCCCUUACCGCCCUCACUAUUACUGAAAGGCGAGAGGAGGUCGUGGAUUUCAGUGUCCCCUUUAUGCACUACACAUCAGAUAUAUUGCUGAAGAAAGCAUCGUCCGAAGACAAAUACGAACUUUUGCAGUUCAUGAAUCCGUUUGAUAAUCAAGUUUGGUUCGCUAAUUUAGCCACCUUGGUUAUCAGCUCUGUUGCUGUGUUUGUAAUAAACUACUACAGUCCUUAUGGAUAUAAAGAUGAUAAUGGAAGAGGGACAUCAAAGGAAUUCAGCUUUUUCAACAGUGUGUGGUUUGCUUUAGCUUGUAUGCUACAACAGGGAGGAGAUAACACACCAAAAAGCCUAUCAGGCCGCAUACUUACUGGUUGCUACUGGUUCUGCGUACUGAUCUGUAUCUCAACAUACACUGCUAAUCUGGCAGCAUUUUUUACGGUGAAGAACGCAGUGCAUCCCAUUAAUAACCUUGGAGAACUCACGGAAUCAUCUUACUCUAUAUCAGUGCUUAGCUCAUCCAGUACGUCAGAGUUUUUCAAGACUAGUGACUACGAAACAUACAAAAAGAUCUGGCGUAAAAUUGAAUUGGACGGAACACUGGUUCAAACCAUUGCACAGGGUGUUCAAUGGGUGAGAGAAAAAGAAGACUUCGCUCUGAUAACUGACGGGCCUUAUCUAAGGAAGAUUGUUAGCAAGCCACCGUGUGACCUGGAAGUAGUACCAGGUUUAGGCACAGCUAAAGGAUAUGCACUGGCCUUCCACGACAACGAUCCUCAUGUGCAUAACUUCAGUCUGACCAUAUUGCGUUUACACGAAAACGAUUUCCUUGCCAGCUUGGAACGGAAAUGGUGGGAGAGCAAAAGUAGCUGCUCAGUUAAAGAAGAAACAUCGUUGUCUCGCAAGCAAAUUGGUCUAAAUAGUAUGUUGGGUGUGUACUUGGUCCUGUUUGUUGGAAUGGUGGUUGCUUUCCUGACCUUACUGGCCGAAAUUUACUGGAAAAGAAAAGGUGAACAAGGGCAUAACUUCGUUCCAUGAAAAUUCGACCCUCAAGACCUUCUCGAAUGACUCAAUAUUUUAUGUCGUGGUAUUCUUUUAAAAAGUAAAGAAGGAGU